AUGGGAACCAAUUCUGCCGCAACCGUCGCGACCUCAAUGAUCAACACGUUCCAAUCAAUCAGGUUCGGGCUUAUGGUAGGGAUUGGCGGCGGAAUUCCGUCAAAGGUCAGUCUGGGUGAUGUGGUGGUCAGUCAACCUGUUGCUGACUAUCACGGGGUGAUACAAUGGGAUAUAGGGAAGCUGGAACGGGAUAGGCGGUUUGUCCACACGGGCUCGCUGAACCGACCUCCGAACGCGCUACUCAAUGCCUCGAACCAGCUGAAAAGUAACCAUGAGAUGUACGGAUCAAAGAUAAAUGAGUACCUGGACGAUAUGGAAAGGAAAUUCCCGCGGCUAGCGCCAAAAUAUACGCGGUGUGAGGCCUUGCAAGACCCAUUAUUGGUAUCCGAGCGGUUCCGAACUCCGAGGGAAGUCUAUUUCCUGUCUUGGUUGUGGCAGGCGAUCAUCGCGAUUAUCGCAUAUCUUCUUGGUUCAUGGGCAAUUAAUCCGGUAAAUGAGGAGAAUGUGCGGGUAUCAGAGAAGGCAGAGGGUGCAAGGGCCCCAAGAGAUGUCAGGAUGGAGGCAGCUGGGCUCAUGAAUGACUUCCCAUGUAUUGUUAUCCGAGGCAUUUGUGACUACGCGGACUCGGGAAAAGAGAAAACAUGGCAAGAAUAUGCGGCAGCCGUGGCCGCUGCGUACGCAAAGGAACUUUUGGGAUGUGUGCAGCCUAGUGUUGUUGAUACGGAGGAUACAGCAAAGGCUAUUUUGGAAAAGGUGCAACUGCAGAUCGAUAGCAUGCAGCAGACAACAGCUGCAACAAGAGCUACUGCAGAUUCUAUCAGAUCUGACCUUCAUACCAGUGAGAUCAAGCGCUGGCUUUGUCCCCCGGAUCCAUCUUCAAACGCCAGCCAUGCUAGGACGCUCCGCCAUGAGGGGACUGGCACGUGGCUGCUCGAAUCCCCCGUCUUCCAAGAGUGGCACUCGGGGUCACGUCGACAGUUAUGGCUGCACGGGCUCGCGGGGUGUGGAAAGUCGGUUCUGAGUACCACUGUGCUUGAUCAUCUCGCAAACCGAAACGACGAUCUUAUCCUUAGCUUCUUCUUUGACUUUAACGACGUCGCAAAACAGACAUUGGAAGGCAUGCUGCGCUCGCUUGCUUUCCAGCUUUACCGCCGUGGGGUGGACUCCGCAAACCAUCUCGAUGCUUUGUUCCAGGCGCACCGAAAUGGCAGCGACCAACCUACGACAAAGGUGCUUUGGAGUGUUGUUUUCAAGAUGCUCGUAGCCCAGAGGAAGGUCUCUAUUGUUCUGGACGCAUUGGAUGAAUCGAAAACAAGGGACGCUGUGCUCGGGUGGAUUAAGGAUAUGGUGUCCAGGCCAGAGUUGGUCCAUGUUCAGCUGCUUCUUACCGGUCGACCUGAAUCCGAGUUUCUGCGCGACAUUCCCCCCUUAAUAGGAAAGCAAAACAGCCUGGCACUUGAUAAGCAAGCCAUCAAGUCCGAUAUUCGAUCGUGGGUCAUAGCACAACUUUCUCAACGGCGUGAUUUUACAGAGAAGCCCUUGUCCCAGAACCUUCUGGAAGAGAUCCGGAAAAAGGUUGGCGACGGCGCCGACGGGAUGUUUAGGUGGGCGUUCUGUCAGCUAGACAGCCUGGCUCGAUGUCGUCACGAGGCAGCUAUGGAGGAGGCUCUUGAAUCUUUGCCGCUGGAUCUCAACGAGACAUACGAGCGUAUAUUUGAAAGUAUACCAUCGGAGUUAAAAACUGACGCGAUACGGCUUCUCCAAUUCCUAGUGCAUUCCAAGCGACCUCUAACGCUGGCUGAGGUUAAAGAAGUAAUAGCGACGCAGAUUGAAGACGAGUCACGAGGGUUUGACAUAAAGCGUCGAUUGUUUUGCGAGACUGAUAUCUUAGCUUACUGUCCCAGCUUAGUGACAGUCAUCUAUAACAAUGAUAAAGAGUUGCAUCUUGCCCAUUUUUCUGUGGAAGAGUACCUUCUCAGAUAUGACCAAUUCCAGAUUACGACUGCCAGCAUUUCCAUCACGAGGACGUGCUUGACAUAUCUGACAGACAUCAACGGUAGCGAAAGAGAGAUAACGCGGUAUUUUCCGAUGGCAAGAUAUGCGGCCGAACAUUGGACAUACCAUGCUACGUUAACACUGGCCUACGAGGAGAUUACCCAAAGAAUAGUGAGCUUUCUAGAAACGGAAGAGACAUUUCAAAGAUGGGCUCGUUUGCAUCAGGCUGAUAGGAGUUGGGACGAUAGCCCUGGAGCUGCGCGCGGCUCUAGGCUCUACUAUGCUUGCUUCAAUGGACUUGGAGUGCCUGCACGAGAUCUUAUUGACAAGGGAGCAGAUGUCAACGCGCAGGGCGGCUACUAUGGCAACGCUCUCCAGGCUGCCUCACAGCGAGGCCAUCAAGAGAUUGUCAACCUACUUUUGAAUAAUGCAGCAGAUGUCAACGCGCAGGGCGGCUACUAUGGCAACGCUCUCCAGGCUGCCUCAGGUUGUGGCUAUCAAGAGAUUGUCAACGCGCAGGGCGGCUUCUAUGGCAACGCUCUCCAGGCUGCCUCACAGCGAGGCCAUCACGGCAUUGUUAAUAUGCUUCAAAGAAGAGGCGCUAUCACAUUGCCUUCACCGUAG